AUGGCUCCCACAAACAAGCGGAAGGCCUCGAACAGACCUCAAUUCUGGGUGACUGAGGAAUACCGAGAAGAUCUCUCCAAAGGCCCAAUGCUCCGGUUUGAGGAAUCUCUACCCAGACUACCAGUCCCUUCCCUCGAGGAGACCUCCGCCCGCUAUUUGAAAAGUCUGCACCCUCUACUGUCCAAAGAGGAGUAUGCUGCCUCCGAAAAGGCCGUGGCUGCCCUGAACAAACCGGGAGGGAUCGGCCAGAAGCUGCAAGAGAGGUUAAUAGCAAAAGCACAAGACCCCAACGUCAAGAACUGGAUAAUUGACUGGUGGAACGAGGCGGCCUACCUGGGCUACCGUGACCCUGUGGUGCCGUAUGUCUCGUACUUCUACUCCUUCCGCGAUGACCGCCGAAGAAGAAACCCGGCCAAACGUGCAGCUGCCAUCACAACCGCCGCCCUCGAGUUUAAGAGACAGGUCGACGACAAGACUCUGGAGCCCGAGUACAUGCGCAAGAAGCCCAUCGCCAUGAGCAGCUACGAGUACAUGUUCAACACCUCGCGAGUCGCCGCCAAUCCCGUCGAUUAUCCCAUCCAAUACCCUGCCGAAGGCCACGAGCACAUUAUUGUCAUGCGGAACGGCCAGUUCUGGAAGCUUCAGACACAUGUGUCUGGCAGGCAGCUCAACACUUCGGAGCUCGAGCUCCAGUUUAACAAGGUCUACAAAAAUGCCCAGAUGGCCGACCCCAUCGGUGCCAUCACCUCUUUCCCCCGCGACCAGGGCGCAACAGCCCGCGAGAACCUCCUGGCUGCGUCUCCAUUGAACGCCGAAGUCCUCAAGGAGAUCGAGUCUUCAUCCUUUAUCGUGUGCUUAGAUUCCAGCAUGCCCGUCACCCUUGAAGAACGCGCUCACGUCUACUGGCACGGCGACGGGGCGAACCGAUGGUACGACAAGCCAGUCCAAUUCAUCAUCAACGACAACGGCACCGCCGGCUUCAUGGGUGAACAUUCCAUGAUGGAUGGCACUCCAACCCACCGUCUUUGCGAUACGGUCAAUGCCUACAUCGCUCACAAUAAACUUGACUUUGACAACCCGUCCAUCCGUUCCGACCUGCCCGACCCAGUUGCCCUGAAGUUUGAAACCAACGCAGCCGUGCUUGACGACCUGGCCACCGCACAGGCCCAGUUCCGUCAAGUCAUUGCUUCCCACGAUCUCCGCGUGCAAGCGUAUCAAGGCUACGGCAAGGGACUGAUCAAGAAGUUCAAGUGCUCCCCAGACGCGUAUGUGCAGAUGGUCAUCCAGCUGGCGUACCACAAGAUGUACGGCAAGAACCGACCAACAUACGAGUCGGCCGCAACCCGCAAGUACCAGCAGGGCCGCACAGAAACCACUCGCUCCGUCUCGGAUGAGAGCGUGGCAUUCUGCAAUGCCAUGGCCGACCCCUCUGUCUCCCGCGAGGAAAGCGAGCGCCUCUUCCGCGCCGCUGUUCAGGCGCAUGUCCAAUACACCGCUGACGCAAGCGACGGGUAUGGUGUGGAUCGCCACCUCUUCGGGUUGAAGAAACUCAUCCAGCCCGGCGAGGAGACACCCGAGGUUUUCAACGAUCCCGCAUACACCUACUCGAGCACAUGGUAUAUCUCGAGCAGCCAGUUGAGUUCAGAGUACUUUAACGGCUACGGAUGGAGUCAAGUUGUGGACCAAGGAUGGGGAAUUGCUUAUAUGAUUAAUGAGAACAGUUUACAAUUCAACAUUGUCUCCAAGAAACUCGGCUGUGAACGGAUGAGUUUCUACCUCAACGAAGCUGCCAACGACGUCAGGGACAUGCUCCUUCCCAGCAUGGAGACGCCCAAGGCCAAGCUGUAA